AGCAGGACAGCAGGAACUGCCCCACCCCCCACCCCACCGCCCCCGAGCCACAGACAUCUCUCCCGACCCAAAAGUUUUUGGAGCGGCUCAGCAGUAAGGAAGCUUUGCUCGUGGAUUCCAGGCAGACCAAGAAACUUCAGAAGAAGGGAAAGAAAAAGCCCCCCAGCAACGUCUAGGUAUUCUUCUGUGCUGCCCGUCUGCAAAAUAAGAGCAUUACUUGCAGUAAGACGGAUUCCCACCAUGCUAUAUCAUCUUUUGAAGCUGGUCUUUUUCCUACAACUGUUCCUUACAGGUCUAUCAGACAUCAACCCUCUGGAGAUCUACCCCAGUGACCCUGAAGUCAUCCUUACUCUUUCCAGAAAUUUUUCCCUCACUUGCUCGGGGAAGAAUGAGGUAAUCUGGAAAAAAGAUAAACAUACUAUAGAUGCUGUGCUGGAGAAAAGGGGUGGCAUUUUUGUUAGCACCCUCACACUCUGGAAUGUGACUGGCAUCAACACAGGGGAGUAUUCCUGUGCCUACAACCAACCUCCCAAACAAGGGCAAACAGAGGGGAAAGCCAUCUACAUCUUUGUACCAGACCCAUCUUUGCCCUUCCUUCCUAGCACUCCAGAGGACCUAUUUGUGUUCAGCACAGGCCACACUGAGGACAUUAUCCCAUGCCGUGUGACAGAUCCAAACACAACAGUGACCCUUUAUGAAAGAAGGACCGAGGACCCAAUUUUAGCCACUUAUAACAAUAAGCAAGGCUUUAAGGGGUACUUUGAAGACAAGACCUUUGUAUGCAGGGCAACACUGGAUGACCAGGAAAUUGACUCUGAAGCAUACUAUGUCUACAGGAUCCAAGUGCCUUCCUCUCCAACUUCUGUGAUCAAUGUUUCUAUCAGUGCUGUACAGACUCUUGUGAAGCGGAGUGAAAAUAUCACCGUAAUGUGUGCAGUGAAAAACAUUGAAUUGAUAGAUUACACUUGGAAAUAUCCUGGCCAGAUGGCAGGCAAGCAGGUACAACCUGUGACAGACAUUUUGCCAGGGAUCAGCCAUUAUACUAGUUCCAUCCUAACAAUCCACAAUGCGGAGUUAGAAGAUGAAGGGUUGUAUAUCUGUGAAGCCACUGAUACCUACCAUGAUCAAAAAGAGAAAAAAGAAAUCUUUAUCCGAGUGAUUGAGCGUGGAUUUGUGAGCUUCCACAAUAUUCUGAAUGACACUGUUUAUGCCGAACUGCAUAAAAGUUGCACUUUCCAUGUGCAGAUUGAAGCCUAUCCAGUCCCAACUGUCAUAUGGCUCCAGAAUAAUCAGCCCCUGAUUUUAGAGGGCAACAGGGGAUUUGCCAUAAGCACUAGGAAUGUGUCAGAAACUAGGUAUCAAACUACCCUAUCCCUCAUAAGAGUAAAACAGAGUGAAGGAGGUUUAUACACUGUCCGAGCAUUCAAUGAAGACGACUCGCAGGAAAUGUCCUUCUAUUUACAGAUUAAUGUCUCAGCUAAGGUGAUUCACUUAAUAGAAAACAUCAACUCUACCAGUGGGGAGCAAACAGUGACGUGCAUCUCAGAAGGAAUGCCCCUGCCAGAGGUUGUCUGGUACACCUGUAAUAAUGCCAAAUGGUGUAAUGGGGAAGCAACCAAAAUUUUGGGAAAUGUCUCUGGAGAGAUGGAUUUGCAGACAAAUUUCACAUACCAAGAUGACCUGAAGAUUUACAGCGUGACAAGCAAGUUGCAUCUCCACAGAGUAGAUGAGCCAGUCUUUAUAAGUUGUGUUGCUCAAAAUGCCUUGGGCACACAUGCUCAGAACAUCACCCUGGUUCCACACAAUUUGCCCUUUAAAGUAAUCAUCAUCUCGGUCAUUUUGGGCUCGCUGGUGAUCAUGGUUCUUUUCCUCGUGAUCCUCAUCGUCUUGUGGAGAAAAAAGCCUCGCUAUGAAAUCCGCUGGAAGGUCAUUGAGUCAGUCAGCUCCGACGGACACGAAUAUAUCUAUGUGGACCCAAUGCAACUGCCUUAUGACUCCAGCUGGGAGCUUCCCCGGGACAAGCUUGUUCUAGGCCGCACGUUGGGCUCAGGGGCAUUUGGACGAGUAGUAGAAGCUAUCGCCCAUGGUAUGAGUCACACACAAUCCACGCUGAGGGUUGCUGUGAAAAUGCUCAAGUCUACUGCCAGAAGCAGUGAGAAGCAAGCACUGAUGUCAGAACUAAAGAUCAUGAGUCAUCUUGGGCCUCAUCUGAACAUUGUCAACUUGCUUGGAGCCUGCACCAAAGGAGGCCCCAUUUACAUCAUAACGGAGUACUGCCGCUAUGGAGAUCUGGUGGACUACCUACACAGGAACAAGCACACCUUCCUACAGUACUGCAGUGAAAAAGCCAAGCAGGAAGUAGAGAUGUAUGGGAAUUCCCUCAAUGAGGACAGGUUGCAGAGCCCUACUUCCUUCUCUGUAGAAAGCGAUGGGGGCUACAUGGAUAUGAGUAAGGAUGAGUCACUGGAUUAUGUUCCUAUGUCAAAUAUGAAGGGCGAAAUCAAAUAUGUGGACAUUGAUUCCUCCAAUUAUGGUGCUGCGUAUGAGCUGGACAGUUAUUCACCAUCAGCACCUGAAAAGGCAACUUUGAUAAAUGAGUCUCCCCUCCUCAGCUACACGGACCUUGUUGGGUUUAGUUUCCAGGUGGCCAAUGGAAUGGAGUUCUUAGCUUCCAAAAAUUGCGUGCAUCGGGACCUGGCUGCAAGAAAUGUGCUGAUCUGUGAGGGCAAGUUGGUAAAGAUAUGUGACUUUGGCCUAGCUAGAGACAUCAUGCGGGAUUCAAAUUACAUCUCCAAAGGCAAUACGUUCUUGCCUUUGAAAUGGAUGGCACCUGAGAGCAUUUUUAACAACCUGUACACUACCUUGAGUGAUGUAUGGUCAUUUGGGAUCCUUCUCUGGGAAAUAUUCACUCUGGGUGGAACACCAUACCCUGAAUUGCCCAUGAAUGAACAAUUCUAUAAUGCCAUCAAACAUGGCUAUCGGAUGGCCAAGCCUACACAUGCAUCUAAUGAGAUCUAUGAGAUCAUGCAGAAAUGCUGGGAAGAAAAAUUUGAAAUCCGACCUUCUUUCUCUCAGCUGGUGGUGAUUAUGGGGAACCUGCUGGCAGACUCAUAUAAGAAGAAAUACCAACAGGUCAAUGAAGAAUUCUUGAAGAGCGACCACCCUGCUGUUGUCCGCACAAGGCCAAGAAAUGCAGGACUCAACAAUUCCACAUUCAAUGCUAACUACACAGCCAAUUCAAGUUCUGUCCUCUAUACAACUGUAGAGCAGAAUGGAAUGGACAAUGAUUAUAUCAUUCCGUUGCCUGACCCUAAACCCGAAGGAACCGAUGAUACACCACAGGAGGCCACCAGCAGCCGUGCCAGCUCUACACUGAAUGAAGCAAACACAUCAUCUACUAUAUCCUGUGACAGCCCACUGGUCCCACAGCAGGAAGAGGAACAGGCACCAGAAAUGAAGUCAGACUGCUAGAGUUAUUGGGCCCCCCCCCCAAUAACUCUAGCACGUGCACGCACGUGUGUGUGUGCACAGAGGGAGAAUUCCAAUCACAAACUGGCAUAUCCCUCUCCUUCUUCACUAUGUAACCUGUUCUUCCUUUCUGCUCAAUCCAAAUCAAAAACUAGUAAUGGUAACAUGGAAGAACAUGUGGCCAAGAGUACAUGCAUACUCACCUGUAAUAGUAUAGAUUGUCAUGCAAUAUAAAGAUGGUGAAAGUUUAUAUUGCAUGAUAGAUUACAUGGCCUUUUGCACUUCCUAAAUGGGACUAUUUUCAUACUAACACAGAAUUCAUUUGCCGUUCAUAUUCUGUAGCGUUAACAUAGGGUAUCAUAAGCCUUUGUGUGAAGUCACACUUUUCAUCACCUCUUCAAAGCAGAGGAAUGAGUAGAUAAAACCAGUAUUUUUGAAGGAAGACAUGUUCCCCAUAAUAUAAAUCCAAAAAAUAAGUCCUCCAGGGAUUCUCCUGGGGAAAUCCUGCCGUUCACUCUACUUGUUUUGUUUGCUAUCUUUGCAAGUUUAUUUUUGGGACCUGCUGAAGGAAUUACCUCUCAUAUUACUCAAGUAAUGUCACCUGCAAGUGUG